UACUUCACAGUUCACUCUAAAUCCCAAAUGAAGAAGAAAAUGGAUGGUUUCCUUGUUCCUUCGUUCAAAUACACUGAGCACCACUGUCAAACAACGCUGAUUUCACCACUGUUAGAUGUUGGACUCGAAAACCAGCCGGAAAUGAAGCGCCGGAUUGUUCGCAUUUCAGUUACGGAUGCCGACGCCACUGACUCCUCCUCCGACGAAGAAGAACGAUGUUGUUCUCGAAACAGAGUGAAGAAAUACGUGAACGAGAUAACUAUCGAGUCAUCAUGUCCCGUCAGAAGCGACACCGUUUCAAGGAGUAAAUCGUCGUUGUCAAAGAGUUGUCGAAAGAGGCCGGCAGUGAAAGUGAAACCGGCGGGUAAGAAGUUCAGAGGGGUAAGGCAACGGCCUUGGGGGAAAUGGGCUGCUGAGAUCAGGGACCCGCUAAGACGUGUGCGGUUAUGGUUAGGUACUUAUGAUACAGCCGAGGAAGCAGCAAUGGUAUACGACAACGCGGCUAUUAAAUUGCGUGGUCCCGACGCGCUCACUAACUUUUCGACUCCCAAGGGAAAAACGAUCCGAGUCGAAAACAGACAAAAACCGUUAUCCAGCUCAGACUACAACUCCGGCGAAGAAUCUCACAACACAAACCUCUGCUCUCCGACUUCCGUUCUCCAUUUCCCGUCGCUCUCCACCCACGACGGCGACUCGCAAAGCGUCAAAGAUCCCCUAGAAUUUGGGAGCCAACCUCGGGAUGUCAUGGAUGACUCCUGCUUCAUAUGGGGAGAAAAUUUCUCAGAUUUCUCCGAUCAUUCAUCGUUGUUUCCGAGUGAUAUAUUCAGCUCAGUGCCAGGUUUAUUCGACGAUAAUAAGGAUUGUUUGCUGAAAGAUGAAUCCGGGUGCGGGUUUUUGAGUUCGGGUGGUGAUUUCGAGUUCGGAUUCAGUGGGUUAUCGAGUUUGCAACGUGUGGAUGAUCAUUUCCAAGAUAUAGGGGAUUUGUUCGGGUCGGAUCCUCUCGUGGCAGCUUGAGAGUGUUUUUCUGGUGAUUCCAUUGCAAGUUUUGGAUCGGCGGGAAAUGCAAAUAUCGAAGUGUUUUUUU